AUGUUAUUUUACAUUGGCCCUCAUUCUAAAAACCCUAAAUAUAAAAUACAACAUCCUCUGCCACCGGAGCUUUAGCACGUCCAGGGAGGUUGAAGGUUCAGACAAACUCUCGAAAACCCUAAUCUCCACUUGCGGCUUCCAGUUUAUUACUCGUCACCAUGUCGAGAAGGAAGACUAGAGAGCCCAAGGAGGAAACUGUCACUCUUGGCCCUGCUGUUCGUGAAGGAGAGCAUGUCUUUGGCGUUGCUCACAUUUUUGCUUCGUUUAAUGACACUUUUAUUCAUGUAACUGAUCUGUCUGGUCGGGAAACACUUGUCCGCAUCACUGGUGGCAUGAAGGUGAAAGCUGAUAGGGAUGAGUCGUCCCCUUAUGCUGCCAUGCUUGCUGCACAGGAUGUUUCGCAAAGAUGCAAGGAACUUGGUAUUACUGCUUUGCAUAUAAAGCUUCGGGCUACUGGUGGAAACAAAACCAAAACUCCUGGACCUGGUGCUCAAUCGGCUCUUAGGGCCCUUGCUCGUUCAGGCAUGCGAAUUGGCCGUAUAGAGGAUGUAACUCCGAUCCCCACAGACAGUACUCGUAGAAAGGGUGGCAGAAGAGGAAGAAGGUUGUAAUUCCUAGGCUCCUUACAAAUCGUCGAUCUCUUAGCGUGGAAGUGGUGGCAGUUGAAUACCAUAGUUUUUAGAGGAAAUGUUGCUCUUACUUAUCUGCUAAAUUGUGUGAACCUUAAUGUUCUGGUAAUUGCUUCUCUACCAACAUUUAUUUUGCCAUUUUGAUUCAUGGAAUACCUUCAAAGACAACGAGUAUAGUUCACUUUUUGCUGUCUUUUAUUAAUUUGAUGACAUCAACAUGACUCAUUCGCAUAAA